UGACGUCACGAUAUCUUUAGUUGUGUAUGUUAAAAUCAGUGAUACAAGGUAUGCAUGUAGAGAAGCGACAUCAGCGCUGCCUGGAUUUUCUGCGCCGAGUUAAAAUUUGCAUCAAGUUCACAAGAGUGGAGCUUGGAGGGCCUGGGCAUCACUGCCUGUGACGUCUUCGUAUCUAUACAUCGUAUGUGCACAUUGCUGCAUUGCGAAUGAAUAAUAGCAAUAAAAUCGUGGAUAAUUAAUAUUGCACUAAAUGAAAUAAAAAUAUUUUAAAAAACUACAGGCCUUAAUCUAAAAUUGACAGGUUGACACUUUAACGAGAGUGUAUUAUUCUGCGUAGUGGAUUCAAUGUAAUCUUUUUUUAUUCACCUAUUGGUUAUUAGAUUUUAAACGAAGAUUCGCAAGUGAUUAAAGUGCCCGUUGUUGGGCAUAAAAUUGCAAAAAUUGCGUACAUUUCGCGAGAAGAUAUGCCAGACAGUGGUGCUGUUUAUCAACCCACAACAGUGGGUUAUACGUAUGAUAGCGGAGGUGAUGGUGCUGGAGGUAGUGGAGGUUUAAGAAAUGGUUUCUGGAGGAUUAUAUCCAGACAUAAACUUAGUUCUAGAAGAUGGUUUGAAUGGGUAUUACUAUCGGUCGCUGUGUCGUUUUUUGUUGCUGGCUUAACAACAAUGUUAGUCAGUUUUAUAUCUGAUGGCACAUUACAACAAAAUAAAUUUCAGAUAAAGAUGAAUGAACCUUCAACAACAUCUGCAACAAAUAUCGAAGAACAAGUUGAAGAUGCUGCAAAAAGUUCCAUAGCAUUAGGUGCAGGUAUGAUGCUGAUAGGACUCCUGUUGGGUUUUGUCUGGGCAUGGCUCCGCUUCUUCCAUCAUGGCAAAUCUCCAAGAAGCGGAAUGGUUGGAAGCAGUGGUCAGAUGUUGGGCGGUUUGAAUCCAUCAACUGACUUGCUGGUGGGUUCCACUUCGCAGUACGGGCCAGUACUCACGGAGCUGCCGAGUCAACUGAAGCUGAAACAAACAACUCCCCAUGACGCGUCGGCAAUACCACUUUCUGAUCAAGAGGAGGAAACACGUACCCUAAUGCAGGAUUCUGUGAUUCCCUCAGCUGUUUCUUCUGGUCCUAAUACCAUUGCUAAUCAGAUUCCAGGUUGAGUACAAAAGUUAAGUCUGUCAUUGUGUAGUAAAAACACAUGAUACGGACAUUCUAUUAAUUUUAUGUGAAUUAAUAUGAAUCACAGUUUCUGCCAUUUGUCAUAUACCUGAUUUAUUUACAAACAGGAUGAUUAAUCCUCCUUAGCUUUUUCCAGUAGCAACUUUAGUCAAUAUUAAGUCUGUAAAUUCAAUUGCAUUUUUUGCCUAAGUAAUUUUAAAAUGUAAAAAGUUUUAUUUCUGUAGAUUGUUGGCACAAGUUUUAACAUAAGGUAUCAUGUAAUUAUAUUUGUCCCAGUUUUAAAUUUUAUCCCUGGCUUUAACCUAUGCAUUCCUCCACUCCGUCCAUUAUAAUUGGUAAUAUGUUAGAUGAGCAUUGGAUCCAGAUAUUAUAAAUGGAAAAUUAAAAAAAAAGCUGAAUUAAAAAGUUUUUUUCUUUUUUAAUUUACAAUAUUAUUUGAAUUAAUUAUAUCUUUAGUAGUAAUACUAAUAUCAAUCUUACAAUUAGUAUAACAAUCAUUUUCCUUCAUGCCAGUGCAUUAUUGGUCAGAGAAACGGACCAGUUAUGAAUACUUGUAUAAACAAAUGGUUAUUCUAUCCAAAUUAAAUACAAUGGCAACAUUUAUUGUGAUUGACAAUAUCUUUGAUAAAAUGUUCGCUCAACUAUAUGUAGAUGGAAAAAUAAGCUUUAACGUGUAGUGGUAUUAGCAAAGUAAACGAUUAUGUACAUAUAUAUUAAGAUAACGUACAUAAAUUACAAUACCAGGCAAUUUCUUUUUUCAAAUUUCAUUGGAAUCGGUAUGAUACAAAGCAGUGAAAGGAAUGCACUGCACGAUGUUUGUUAUAUUGUUUUAUCACUUUUUAUACUUGCAUUAUUUAUAGUUAAUGUAUUUAAUUACAUACAGUUUAAUUAGUAUGUCUAUUACAAAUACAUUUUUAUAUGUAUUUAAACGUUUCAAUGAAUUUUGGACUCAGUUUUAUUAACUUUUCGCAUAUCUAUUGAGACUGGGUAAUAUAUGUAAAUAUAAGAUAAUGUAUGAUGAAGGUGUUUUAACAAUCGGGUAUAAAUCAGAAAAGAUUAUUAAAAUAUUUUUAAGUGGCAAUCUUUAUUUAUACAUAGAUUUAAUUUUAUUUAAUAUUAAAAUCGCAUU